GAAGGAAGGUACCCUCAGAGCUGAGCGAACAGGGUAGCCGAGCAUGCGGAGAAAGUGAGGUUAGAUUAGGUUAGGUUAUAUUAGACGUGUACUGUAUCCCAAAAGAGAUUAACAUCUGUAAGAAGCGGAAUAUAGAAAAAUCUUCAACGAUGUCAACGGAAGACACGAACGGGACGUCCAAAAUCAUGAAUAAGAUCGCGGAUAUGGAGCUCGAGGAGACGAGCGGCAAGAAGCUGACGCACAAGGAGAAGAAAAAGUUGAAGAAACAGCAGGAAUAUGAGAGAACGAUGGAGAUGCUGACGAAGGCAGGUGGUCAGGGUCACAGCGAGCUGGAGACCAACUUCACGGUCUCGCAGAGUCAGACGCAGCAACGUGGCAAUCAGCAGCUGGACAACGCGGUCGACAUCAAAGUAGAUAACUUCAGCAUAGCGGCCAAGGGCAAGGAGCUUUUCACCAAUGCUAGUCUGCUGAUAGCGCAAGGUAGACGCUAUGGUCUAGUGGGACCCAAUGGUCAUGGCAAAACUACGUUGCUCCGUCAUAUAGCCAAUAGAGCCUUCAAUAUUCCACCUACUAUAGAUGUUUUAUACUGUGAACAAGAAGUUAUAGCUGAUGAUACUCCUGCUGUGGAAGUAGUACUUAGUGCUGAUGUAAAGUGCAGAGAGCUUCAGGCAGAAUGUAAAAAGCUGGAGGAACUGAUUGAGCAAGGAGACUCUACUGUACAGAAUAGAUUGCAAGAGGUUUACGAAGAGUUGAAAGCCAUCGGCGCGGAUUCAGCGGAACCGCGAGCCAGGAGAAUCUUGGCUGGUUUGGGCUUUAGUCGAUCGAUGCAGGACCGCGCGACGAAGAACUUCUCCGGUGGUUGGCGAAUGCGUGUCUCGCUCGCCAGGGCGCUCUUCCUGGAGCCCACGUUGUUGCUGUUGGACGAACCUACGAAUCACCUAGAUCUGAACGCAGUGAUCUGGCUGGACAAUUACCUGCAGGGCUGGAAGAAGACGUUGCUGAUCGUGUCGCACGACCAGAGCUUCUUGGAUAACGUGUGCACGGACGUAAUACAUCUGGACCAGCAGAAGCUCUUCUACUACAAGGGGAACUACAGCAUGUUCAAGAAAAUGUACGAGCAGAAGCGAAAGGAGAUGAUAAAGGCGUACGAGAAGCAGGAGAAACGGUUGAAGGACCUCAAGGCGGCUGGUCAGAGUAAGAAGCAGGCUGAAAAGAAACAGAAAGAGGUGCUCACCAGGAAGCAGGAAAAGAAUCGAACAAAGAUGCAGAAGCAAGAGGGGGAGACCGGACCUCAAGAACUGCUGCAGAGACCGAAGGAAUACGUGGUGAAGUUCAGCUUCCCGGACCCGCCACCGCUCCAGCCUCCGAUUCUCGGUCUUCAAAAUGUGACUUUUGCGUACGAAGGACAAAAGCCGUUAUUCAUCUUCGCGGACUUCGGUAUAGAUCUGAGCUCCCGGAUAGCUAUAGUAGGUCCCAACGGCGUCGGCAAAUCUACGUUCUUGAAAUUGUUAAUGAGUGACCUGACGCCUCAGAAGGGAGAGGUCACGAAGAAUCACCGACUGAGGAUAGGAAGGUUCGACCAGCACUCGGGCGAACACCUAACCGCGGAGGAGACGCCGACCGAGUACCUCAUGCGGCUGUUCGACCUCCCGUACGAGAAAGCUCGCAAGCAGCUGGGCACUUUUGGUCUCAGCUCUCACGCACACACCAUCAAGAUGAAGGACUUGUCGGGUGGGCAGAAAGCUCGCGUAGCGUUGGCCGAGCUGUGCUUGAAUGCACCGGACGUAGUGAUCUUGGACGAGCCGACUAACAAUUUGGACAUCGAGUCUAUCGACGCCCUCGCCGACGCCAUCAACGACUACAAGGGCGGCGUCAUUAUCGUCUCCCACGACGAACGGCUGAUCCGCGACACCGAGUGUUGCCUCUACGUGAUCGAGAACCAGCAAAUCAACGCGAUCGACGGUGACUUCGACGAUUACAGGAAGGAACUUCUGGAGAGCCUGGGCGAGGUUAUCAACAACCCCAGCAUAGCCGCGAACGCAGCCGUUCUGCAAUGAUCUUAGACCAAUUAGAUUGCAAUCGACUUCUUCCUCUGUGGCCUGUGACGUUGGAAAGCUAGCUCGUCUUUGCGGGAACGACGAGUUUCUGUGCGUCCGGAAAUCAUCAGAUCCGAAUUUUGUAUUAUAGAUAUCUCAGCCGUGCUCGUGUGUAAAAAUAAAUUACGAGACACACAGAGCCGGUAGCGCGAAUUGUCUUUGCUGAUCUAUCUCGCAUGUCAUGGAAUUGGCGAUAAUCUGACAUUGUUCGCUUGAUCGCAUAGAUUUCCUACCCACUAGGAUCUCACGAAUUUCGGCAGAGUAUUACGUUAAAAUAUAUUUCAAAGCAACUAUUAUUUUAUUAAUACAUUGGAAAUAGAAGAUGUUCAAAUGGCUAAAAAUACCAAUAAAUAUGCAAUCAACUGUUUUA